GUACUCUGUAGCAGCUUAACAUAAGUUUCCUCUACCAAAGGCUGUUUAUACCUACGAAUAACCGGUAAUUUUGAUAAUUUCUGUUCUAGAGCAAGAAUCCUUUACAGAUCUCUUAUUAAUCCUUCCAACUGUCACAUUUCUUUUUUUUAUUGACUCUUAUUUUCUGUUAGCUCAAAGAAGUAUCUGUGACACAGGGGUUUAGAUAUUCCAAAGUGUGCAUUAGACAAUUUUGUCUUUGGUAGAAGUUGUCUGUCUGUGUUUGAAGAUGUGGUAGCUGUUAGCAAGUGAUUGGAUAACUGGUGACAAUGUGUUGCUGGUUAACAGUAUAAUUCAGCUAUUGUAGACAUAAAACAAAUUGUACUCAAAAAUAGAUACAGUGAUUGCUGACACUUAACAACCUUACAAUGUUAAAUUUGGUUUUGCUAUGUUAUCUUGCAAGAGAGUUAUUUUUUUUCUGCACCUACUCCAGCUUGUUAAGGUGUUAGAGGCCAAACUAAAUUUCCAAUAGGAACCACAUGUGUUUCUUGAAUCUUUUAUUUAAUAACAGAAUUAUUGUAUAGUUUUUCUAUAAUUUGCUACCAAAAGAACUUUAAAAGGUAUUGCAGGUAAUAUACUCUGUCUGUGGGGUAAGUCCCUCCUGAGUUUGAAAUGAGGAGUUGCCAGCAAUGCUAUGCUAACUGGCACAUGGAGAUGCAUUCUUGGAGAAGGCAGGGAAAGGUAGGUGGAGAAUGGGAACAUUCUCUUCUUUCCCUGUGGUUGAGAUAAACUUUCUUUCUAGCAGAGCAAAACAUAGGCUGCUGGUUUCAGCCUUUGAUUGUUUGUACCUAGAUUCCAUGUGUGGUAUUUAACCUUAAUUCCAGUUUGGUGCUUCUAGGCAGUUCCCUCACCAUCCCAGUGUUUAUUGCUGUAACACUGGCAGCGAUGUGUGCUUCUGGAAAAGGUCACCAAUUCUGUUUUCUAGCUAGAAUCUUCUAGAGGAAUGGAAAUAGGAGGCAAACUCAAUGUGGAAAAUUGGUAUGAAUAAAGUCUACUGGAGUAGUUGUCAGAGAACAGAAUAAAGUCUAGUUGUCAGAGAACAGGGUAAAGGGAAAGGGGGUUGAGACUUUCUCAAAGGAAAGAUUUCUCAGUCCUUAAAACAAAAAGGUAGAAUAUUAGCCUGCAAAUGUAGAAGUGAUGCUGCCUCUCAAGUGUGAAUGUGAGUAUUUGUGUAUGCUUGUGGUUUUUUAACUGAACCCAUUUCAUCAUUAUGCUUCAUCAUAGCUCUGGAUGUCAAAGUUUUGUAGGUCUGGUGUUCUGUAAGAGUUUCAGGGGAAUAACAGAAUUAUUUUUCAUCUGAUAUUAGCUUCGUACUCAAAGGAGUAUGGUCAGAAAUAACUGAAACUUUCUGAUCUAUUCUAGCUUCCAGUUUUCUCUGCAUCACAUGACCCUAAAUAUUGUCAAGUUUUUCAGUUACCUAAAACUCUGGACUGUAACAACACAGAUACUUCCCCUGGCAGCAUUACUUUUCAUUGCUUUAGGUUUUAGAGACAGAUGUUGGACCACAGCCCUUGUCCUGGGUGUUGUAGUAAGGUUCUUACUACAUGUGACCAGGUCUGCAGACUGAGGAUAUGGCAUUAUGUCAGAAAUAGGAUUAAGUCUUCUUUUGAGGAGGGAUGGGUGAAUGGAUGGUAUUUGAUACUGUCCUAGAGUCUUAAGGGGUAAAAAAUAUUAAUUAUGGCUAGUUAGGUAAACUGGUGAGAAGAUUAUGAGGAACUGUAAUAAAACCGAAUCUUGGUGAUGAAAUCGCUGCAGUAGCGAUUGCAUGAGUUUUCUCCUCCCUCUUUGAGGGAACUGAAAUCAUAUCCUGUAUAUGGGAACAAUCAUGCAGAUUUUUAGGAGUUGAAUGGUGUAUGCAAAGACCAGAAAAACAAAAGUUAUGGGGAAGACAUACUUGAAUAGUAGAGAGCAUUAAUUGUGACCUGUAUCUUACCCAGAACAGGAAAGAAUGACUCAUAAGCCUGCUGUGACUUGCUUUCCAUGCUUGUGGCAGGAGGUGUGCUUUCAAAUUUGCAUUAAAAUCUCUUAACUGUGUGGCAAAAGUGGUUUAAUAUAAAUAGCUUUUUCCCUUCACCCACUUCUUUCAGUCUUGUCAACCUUCAGAGAAGCAGUUUUGGAUGAUGUACUGUGGCCAGUAGAAAUAGUAGGGCUUGUUCCGCUCUAAACUUGCUGCUGUAUCCCCUUAGCAGUUAUUAAAUGCUUCACUAGUAACCUUGUCAAAGAAGAGGGUCAAAAUAAGAUUUGGACUUAAGACUUACAUCCAGGCUGGUGAAACUAGGACUUGUGCAGGUAGUAACUCAUUUUUAGCAAGUGAUCAUUUAGGACUUGUUCAGACACUUGUGAUACAAGCACAGUUGCUUUAAUAUGACAGAUCCCUGACAGGUGUUCCAAAAGUAUUUACUUACUUUUUCAGGCAAACAGUACAAAUUAAGCCUGCUAUUCACUCCUAACAUACAUCUUGUGUAUUGCCUGAUAAGUCUCUGCUUGCAGUAAUCUACUGUUUCAAAAGAACUGAGUGUAUUUAGAAGUUGCACCUUUAUUCUUGGGUGGUAGGUGAAGAAAGGCUCUCAUCCUGCUUAGGUAUUUGGUGUUGUAAUUCUUAUUUGCUCAAGAAACGCUCCAUCUGUGUUCAGAGAGACUCAUUUUUGUUGGGUUUUUUUUUAGUACCAUGGUUUUAUUGGAUCUGUCCCUUUUGGUGGUGUUUUGGUCGUAACGCUUUGGGGAACUGCUAUAGAGGAGGAUUAUAAUUAGACAUCCAGCUCAGUAUUUUUAUAAGUCUAAUUAGAAAGAUGGGUAAAACAUGGUGGGAUUGUAUCCAUAUGCUACAGUCUUCUACAGUAAAAGUAAGCUGGUAAAGAGUUACAGUAAAGAUGUCAGUGUAUCAAACUUAAAGGAAUGACACGGAAUGAGUCCUAGAGAUCCCAAAGGUCAUGGUCCAAAGACCAUAUUAUUGUGAGACAUAUCACUGUAUUUGCCUUCAGAAAGUAUAUCAGUUUCUAUUAUCUAGAUUCGAACUUAAUUUUCAAGAGGUUGAUUAAGGGACAGGAAAGAAAUCAUAAUUCUCGUAGUUAACUUCCUAAUUGAAGCAAAACUGACAACACUUUUGGGCUGUAUGCUGGAGUUGAGUAAUAAUCCCUUGCCCUUCAUUUUAUUAGAAGGCGUAUUUGUGGCUAACUGAAAUCUUAGUUUGUGUGAGAAUUCUAGUGACUUAUUUGGGGACAAGAAAACCCAACAGACUUAACUGAUGAAAAAUUUGGAAAACUCUAUCUGUGAAACUGUAUAGGGGUUUUUGUAAUCGGUAUAAAACCACCAGAUUUCAUACCAACCUUCUCUCUGGCCUAGUAUAAUUUUGCAGUAAGGCUCAGCCUAACACUGACAGGGGACUCUGCUGACAGUCAAAAUUUCAGGGCCAGCAGUUGAGAUCCCUGGCUCCCUGUCUUCUGUCAUCAUAUUUGAAGUGUCUACUUGUGGUUGUGUUUUAAUGAUACGACCUUUAGUUUACAUGGAACAGCCACUUGCAGUGGUAAAGGACCCUGCACAUAGAGGUAAAAAUAGACUGAAGGUGAGCCAUUUGCCUGACUCGGUGGGUGUCUCUUCCUUAAAACAUUGUUAACAGGAGCAGUUUACAGGACUAUCUGGAAUGACUGUAGUGACCCCAUGGGAGUAUUGUGGAAUGUGAUGAAAAAAGACAGCUUUUAGUACUGGUUAUAGGUACAAAAAAAAAAAAUAGUCUGUUAAGCAUUUCUUUCAGGUAUGAGAUUGAAUGGUUACAUCUGUGAUGUGUAUUUUGAUCUUCUGCAAAUCUGAACUCCUGUAAAUUCUUUAACAUGCUUUUGUUUUUAACUUUCGUAAAGGUCAUAAUGGUUUCCAUUCCUGAAUUCUAUGAAGGAAAGAAUGUCCUCCUGACAGGAGCUACAGGCUUCAUGGGAAAAGUGCUUCUGGAAAAGCUACUGAGAUCCUGUCCUAAAGUGAAAGCAGUGUAUGUACUGGUAAGAAACAAAGCAGGGCAGACACCUGAAGCACGAAUAGAAGAAAUUACCAGCUGUAAGCUCUUUGACAGGUUGAGAGAGGAGCAACCAGACUUCAAAGCAAAAAUAAUAGUAGUUAUGAGUGAACUUACGCAGCCUGACCUGGAUCUUAGUGAACCAAUCAAGGAAAAACUUAUAGAGUGCAUUAAUAUUGUAUUUCAUUAUGCUGCUACAAUCAGAUUCAAUGAAACACUAAGAGAUGCUGUUCAGCUAAAUGUGAUUGCCACACAACAGCUCCUCUUCCUGGCACAGCGAAUGAAGAAUCUGGAAGUGUUUGUGCACGUUUCGACUGCUUACGCGUAUUGCAAUCGGCAGGUGAUCGAGGAAGUCGUUUACCCGCCUCCUGUUGAUCCCAAGAAACUCAUAGAUUCUCUUGAGUGGAUGGAUGAUGACAUAGUGAGUGAUAUUACUCCUAAACUGUUGGGCAACAGACCCAAUACUUACAUCUAUACAAAAGCCUUAGCUGAAUCUGUAGUGCAGCAAGAAGCAUCAAAGUUAAACAUUGCCAUUGUGAGGCCGUCCAUCGUUGGUGCGAGCUGGAAGGAGCCUUUUCCUGGCUGGAUUGAUAACUUCAAUGGACCUAGUGGUAUCUUCAUUGCUGCAGGAAAAGGAAUUCUUCGAACAAUGAGAGCUACCAACGAUGCAGUAGCAGAUCUUAUUCCAGUAGAUGUUGUUAUCAAUGCUACACUGGCUGCAGCCUGGUAUUCUGGAGUUCACAGACCAAGAAAACUCAUGGUGUAUAAUUGUACAACAGGUGGCAUCAACGCUUUCCACUGGAGUGAAGUUGAAUACCAUGUAAUUUCUACUUUCAAGAGGAAUCCUCUCGAACAGGCCUUCAGACGGCCCAAUGUAAAUCUAACUUCCAAUCACCUUUUAUAUCAUUACUGGAUUGCUGUAAGCCAUAAGGCCCCAGCAUUCCUGUAUGAUACCUACCUCAGGAUUACUGGAAGAAGCCCAAGGAUGAUGAAAACAAUAACACGUCUUCAUAAGGCCAUGAUGUUGUUAGAAUACUUUACAAGCCAUUCUUGGACCUGGAAUAAUGAAAAUAUGACUAUGCUGAUGAACCAGCUAAACCCUGAUGACAAAAAGAUGUUUAAUUUUGAUGUUCGACAACUACACUGGGCAGAAUACAUGGAAAAUUACUGCAUGGGAACAAAGAAAUAUGUGCUGAAUGAAGAAAUGUCAGGCAUCCCUGCAGCUAGGAAACACUUGAAUAAGUUAAGGAACAUCCGCUAUGGCUUCAACACAAUCCUGGUGAUCCUGAUCUGGCGCAUCUUCAUCGCGAGGUCGCAGAUGGCGAGAAACAUCUGGUACUUCGUGGUUAGUCUGUGUUACAAGUUCCUCUCCUACUUCAGAGCCUCCAGUACUAUGAGAUACUGAAAAAGAGAAAUUUAGCAUUAGGACAUCUAUGCAUAUGGUGGUCUAACUGCACAAAACCUGUAACAUGUAGUCAUCUCACAUUUUGUAAAAGCAUAAUUUCAUCUUUUAAUUGGAGUGCGAAAUAAACGGUAUGGUAUCUGUAAUGUUAGUUGUGUACCUUCCUGGAAACAGAGGAAAUGAAAUGGUCAAGUGCCAGGUUGAAUUGGCAUUAGACAAGCAUUUGGGUAACUUUAACUCUUUGGCCUGGGGAAAACAUAUUAGACCACUGACCAACAUAACUGUGCAAUUUGGAACGUGUUUGAUUGAAAUCUGCCUUAACAUGAUUUUUUUUUUUCUUUUAAGUUUUACUCCACAUUGAGCAAGAUAAAUAUUGACUUAGUAGAUACUAGAUGCUGUAGACCUAUUUAUUUGAAAUUCUUCUAAAUUACAAAGGGUUUUGCAAGUUGAAAAAGUGUAUAAAUGAUGGUGGAUCUCCUGAAAUAAAAAUUGAGGACUUUCGUAAUUUGUCUUUACGUUUUGCCACUUCUUCCCUUCUCCUCAAAGUAGGGGUGCAACAAUGGUGCCUCCUUUGCUUUAAAAGAAAAAAGAAAUUAAAAAGUGAACCAACCUUCUUUAUUUACUGAAGGGCCUUUUGUACAAUCCGGGCCUCAGAAUGCACUUGGUGAUUCAGUUCUAUGCUUGAAACUGGCUGUGUCCAACUUGCAUUUAUGUUGGCAUGAACAGUUUGCUUCUCUGAAAGCAGAAUUGAUUCUAUCAUUGAGCAGAUAAAAGGAAAUGUAACCCUGAGGGGCGCAAAUAAAGUCAUUGACUGUCCUCUUUUUAAUGAUUUUUUUUAUUGGGAACACAGAGCCAGCACUUGAUUGUUACACUUCUGACUUCAAAGGGUAAAUAUAAUGGAAAGCAAUUUAUUAUGCUUAGUUGCUAUUUAUAUUACUGGUAAUAGUAGCUGGAAAACUAUAGACUUUCAUUAAGAGAUAUACCUGUUUUUAAGUCGUAAGCAAUGUUAGCAAAUACUUUAUGAAUUAACAAUUUUUUUAAAUCUUUGAGCUAUGAAAUUUGAUGCAUGGACAACACCAAUGCUCAAGCACACUUUCCAUCCCUGCCCUAGUGAACCUCAUCAUACUGGGCAAGCAGAGUAAGAUGCACCUUGCUUCAAAAUGAAUAGAUGUUAACAGUUCUUCCAUCCGUCUUUUAACUUAAAUUAUCAGGUUUAAAUCUGAAGAAAUCUGGGGGUUUUUUUUCUGCAUGUUACUUUGUUUCAGUAGGGAAAACGUCUGUAAAAAUGGCAAGUUGUAAGAAAAGAUUGAAUCCUUGUUUCUUUAAUCCAAGGCAAUACAUGAAGUUCCCUUUAAAUUUUGGUUGCACAGCAUUUGGUUUGAGAACACUGUAGUGUUCCUCUAAUUGAUGCACUGUCCAGCACCCUUGCCCAGUAUUUGUUCAUUAAAAUCACUUUAUACUGAUGAAUUUGUUCUUGAAUCUGCCUGGAAAGGCAAAUAAUGAACUUAAUUACACAAGAACUACAUUAUGCUUGCCCUUGGUAGCUUUUUGUCCUAUUUGAAUUAAAUAUAUAAAGAACUUAUUUUGCUAUUUUUCUGAAAACUCUUACUUUAAAGAGAACACCUUUCCUGCAGGUGUAUAUCUCAUUUUGAAAAGAUAAUGGCUUCCUUGUUGAAGCUAAAUAUUCUGUAGUAAGUAGUUAAGCUGUAAUUCCUUUUUAAAAUGACCUGUGUAUAUAUAAAGCUAGUGGUGAAAAGCCUAAAUGGUCUAGGACCACACCUUGUGUGAGAGACCUCUGAUUGUGGCUGAAAAUAAAGUAAGGCUUCUGUGCUUGAAGAUGUUACACUUUAACAAAUACAUUAGGUGUAUUACAGUUUUAGUUGCCUCCCCAAGUAUCUUACUAGCCCUGGAAGUAUGCUUAAGCAUUCCUGAAUUGUAGACUUUUUUCAGAGGUGCUUACUGUCCAAUUACACCCCUUGUCCCAUGAUGGCACGUGGCUGAAGUUUGCAAAAGACAAGUACAUCAUAUUGUGGAAGUUAUUCUGUGAAACAAUUCUUAUGAAAACUUAUGAAUUUUGGUUGUUUAUAAACAUUAUGAUAUGAUACUUUUAAUGUUGAUUUGUUAAUACUGAGAACUAUGAAGCCAAUGAACUGCUUAUUUCUGGUCUAAAACACUGCUUAGAAAUCUAGUCUUUUGAAUAAGUAACAAAGAGAAGGAUUACUUUAAACAUAAGGAUAUUUAACCUCUACUCUUUAAAUAUUUGCCAAUUUAGAAACCCAUUUUUUCCCCUUUUUGGAGACUGUUGUUCUGUGCCCUGUUGGUAUCUUACACGAUUUCAUCAGUCAUCCUAUUUAGCUGCCAGUAGAUUCAGUGUCACAUUUAUUACACUGGUUUUGUCACUUCCUGUGGUCAGUCUGUGAAAUUCUAUCUGAAGCUCUUGGUUUUUUCCCAUAUCAGGGCCUUGUCCUCUUGCAGUUCUUCACACAGUGUUUGCACAUAAUGGAUGUUGGUCAAAAAUAUACUGGAACUAUAUUUUGGUACAUGGAGCUCGACUCACUGUUUUGACUUGCAAGUUACAGGAGGGGUAUCAGUUGGUUAAUAGGAAGAAGAUCAGACUGAAACAACAUUAUCACUUAACUGUUACUGGUAUUUAAAUUUGGGACCAGGAAAAAAAAAAUUACAUUUUCCUGUAAUGUUCUUCUCUGCUGUAGGAACAUGUUUGGAAACAAAUGCUAAAUCUGUGAGCUUUUAUAAGACAUAAACAGAAAUAUUGGGUGCCUUUGUUUGUAAACCAAAAAUAAACAAAUCCCUUGAAAGUGUU